AUGUCUGGGAGAAAGCGGAGAAUUGACGAUGUCGACAACAGCGACAAUGACAACCGGAAAAAACAAGCACGAGCAUCAAAUCUAGGCAGUGGAGCGAACAGCGGACAGUCUUCUUCAGCGUUGAAUGCUGAAGCUGUUGCCAAAACUCCGAACACGACAGCUGCUGUUCCUAGCCAGAUCGUGAGUGGUGAGGCCCUUAGUACCACAACCGCUCCUGCAGAAGCUGAACAAAGCAGAGACAAAGGCAAACAGCGGCUAGAACAAGUGGAGGAAGCUAAAGAAGCGACAAAAGAGGCCGCAGGGGGGAUCUCGGUCGACAACAAAGAGUCCACUGCAGGGCCUUCGACUGAACCAAGCAAACAGGCCCGGGUGAAAAAGCAGCGUCGCAAAAAGACCGACCCAGUUCCAGACCCCGUGGCGACGACUCUUAACAGGAUUGAGAAGAAUCCUCCCAAACGUACCGACAGAGCCUGUGACAAUUGCAGAAUGAGUACGCAAACGGAUACCAUUCAGAAGUUAAAGUGCGACAACCAGCCCAAUGGCUGCGCACAAUGUCUGAAAAAGGGUAUGCGCUGCACAUUGACUUUAGCAACCCAGAAGACCUAUGUUCGGGGAACUCCCAAGGAGACUGGGCAGGCCAGAGAUGGGUUGAAUCUUGAGGUUGAAAGGCUCCACGCAGAUGUUGACUUUCUUCUGCAAGAUGUCCACUUGCUCCGGCGAGAUGUCCAGCAGCUACAAUUGGAGAACAUGCAAUUACGCAAUGCGCUGGCUGGCCUUCAGGCAUCCUUUCCUAACCGGAAUCAAUUUCCUUGGAAUCCUCCCCCGGCUGGGCAAGUGCAUGCUCAAGCCCAAGCGGCAGGGCAAGGAGCUGGCCGCAUGCCACUUCCUGCAAACCUUCCUCCGGUAGGACAGGGAACACUGUAUUUUACAUUUCCCCCAGACCCUCCUCAGGCCGGGCAAGGACCUGGGCAAAUGCCGCUUCCCGCAAACCUUCCUCCUACCCAACAGCGUACCUUUCCCCCAGAUCCUUUUCUUGUAGGGCAAGGAGCUGGUCAAAUGCAGCUUCCUGCAAGCAUUCCUCCGCCAGGACAGGAAGUAGGCAAUCUUGCACCUCCUCCAGAUGUUCGCCUGGCGGGACCAGGCCCUCUCAACUUUCCGCCUGGCCCGAACCUCCCUCCAGUAAUACAAGAGCCUGCCAAUUUUAUACCUGCCCCAAGAACCCCUUCGCCAGAGCAAGGCUCUUCCUCCGAUCAAUCCAGCGGUGGUAAUCCUUACCGGACAUCUUCUGAGGCGAGUGCAGACAAUGAUAGCACGAACUACGGUGCUACUAACAAUGGUCCAGCUUUCGCUAAUCAGGUUUUUCCCCCAAUGACAGAGCAGGGCGGUAGCCAACCAGCACUAGAAGCACAGCAACCUGGUUACCACGACACUAUAGCCGAUGACACUGCGAUGGUUCUGGAUGACGAUGAUCUCGAAGGAUUUAUAGCUCAACCGGCUAAUCUAAACGACCUCGAUGAAUUCAUCAACGCCAUUGGCGGUGACAACAGUGACAAUGGUGACAAUGGUGACAAUGGUGACAAUGGUGACAAUGGUGACAAUGGUGACAAUGGUUGGAAUCCCAUAGACUUGUUAAUGCUACCUGCUGACAGAAAUCGUCUCACGGCUUUCACCAAUCAGCCAUCCUAUCCCAGUGCUGCAAAUACCGCGGACCCAGCGACAGACCCCUUUACAAUUGACCCUGCACAACUUAUCCCGCAACCGGGUGAUUACCCGCAGGUUGCACGCCCAACUACGACACUGGCAACAGCAGAUGUUCCAGGGGAUUCACAGAAUGGGGGAGACAAUGACGGUUUUCAGCAGAACUAA